AUGCCCUCGAAGAAGCGCACAAGCAAAAAUAAGGAGAAGAAGUCUUCCAAAAAGGAGGAGGCGACCGCUGAGAACAUCCAUAAUGGGCCCAAGAUGGACGCUUGGACGCUCUCCAAGAAACUACCAGCUGUGGCCAAUGCCAUCCGCGAGGGACGCAUGAAACCAAAGGAACUUGCCAAGGUUGUGGAGAAAGCAACCGCAGAAAGCCUAUUGGCACAACUAAGCAAACAUUUGCCGGAUCGCCUCAAAGGCGGCAACGCUCCUAUCAAAAGAGUUCAAGAGUUGAAUAUCAUGACAGGGGGCGACGAUUUGCUGUGUGAUCUAUGCCGCAUGGCUUUGUUUAUCACCAUUUGUGCUGAAAUCAUUUACCGCAACAAGAACUUCAGCCUGGAACAUUUGUGUUGUGAUAUCGCCUAUACUAAAAGCUUGGAAGGCCUCGACAAGAAACUGGAAGCUUCGGCUCGAGGAGUGAAAAAAGGACGGGAUACAAUCCGUCAGCAAUGCUGGGAGUGCGGACAGCAUGCCAAAGCUUACAAAUGCACACUCUGUGCGGCUGCUCGCUAUUGUUCGAAGGAGUGCCAAAAGCAGAGCUGGAAAACUGGGCACAGAGGUGCUUGUGCCGAUUUGAAAACAAUAUAUGAACGAUUCACGAGCAACCUGCAACGUGUGGAUCAAGCAAUGGCGCUCCAACAGGAAGAGUGCGAGCAUCCACUCUGCGACGGUUGCACUCUUCAACCUGCGGGCGCCAAAGAUUUCUCGUUGAUACCCGCCAUGUUGUCGGGGCAGAGCUUGCCAGUCCAACCAGAUCCAACGGGUGGGAUUACGAUUGACCACAUGUACAAGAGCCUGGCCCAUGUUGUCAGCGGACGCUCUCAUUGGAUGUUUCCCAAUGUGUUUAGCAUGCCGUUGGAGGACUAUCUCAGCUGCACUGUUUUGGAACGAGGCGAGAACUGGGAGGUGAAAUAUGUCAAAUUUGGUCUGCUAUUUCUCGCGGCUGAUAUCGAAACCAUCCCCGCUCGCACUUUGGACUCCUGGAUUGAUUGUGCCAAAGGCACUCUCCGCAAGCUGUCCGAAACUGGAGAGCUGAUGCCCGUGGAACGUUUCAUUGGCCUCUACCAUCGGUUUGGCUUAGCCACUCAGGAGGGAUAUGAGGACCCAUCGUCGCGCUUGAAGUCCGUGGCCAAGUCCAUGACAAUAAUGAUGAAGUGCUUUCACAAGACAAAUGUGCUUGAUGACGACAAGCUGCAAGCAGAGAUGGCUGAUUUUGAUGCUGAUGAUGACGACGACGAUGACGGCAACUGGUAA